AUGGCGUCGGCCAUAUUUUUAACGUCGUUUCUUAUAUAUCUACACACAUAUAUCUGCUAUGGACAACCGAACUUUUUCAAUCACCAUAACUUCCAGAAACAGCCCGGCGUAUCUGGUUUGCAGAUGAAUAAAUCCAUGUAUCCAAAUAAUGAAGGAAAACCGAAACUUCAGCAGUUGCUGAACUCGCAAAACCAGCCGGAGAACUUCGAAUCUAUGCAACCCAUGACGCAAUUACAGCCUGUGCCACAGACUGUUAACCAGAACACACCAGCUUUUCCAGUAACAUGCAAUCGCGCUGGAGCCGCACCUGGAUCUAUGGAUGUACCACAGCAAGCCGUUCCAAAUUAUGUCUCUCAGGUCUCCAGACCAACACAAUAUUAUCAACAGCCCCAGUUUGCUAUUCAACAACGACCCGCUCAACCAACCCAACAUUACAAUCCACCAAUGCAGAAUUACUUGGAACCAGCCAUUGUGAUGGAACAGCCACAAUUUCCACCAUCUUCCGCGAGACCAUUCUACGGGUAUGAUGGUUUCCAAAACGGAGCUCUCUCAUACCCUCAGUACGUCCCAAUGAUACCACCAUACCCGAGUUAUCCAGUCAAUACAGUUAUAGCCGAUCAAGGUUCUCAAUCGUCAAGUCUUAAAACACUUCUUCCAAUCAUUCUUAAUUUACUAACGGAGAAAAGCAAUUGUAAUUGUAGAUCGUGUGACUGUAAAUGUUCUAAAAACACAAGUGGUUAUUGCAAGAAAUAUCCCCUCAGUGAAGAUGGACCGGAAAUAGAAAUGUCAGAGGAGAUAGAAACUAUUAGACAUGUUAGAGAACCAAAGAAGGCUGGGAAAUUGAAAAAUGUUAUCCCCGAUAGUGCAGAAGAUGGUGAGUCAUUGGGGUCUCGUGAGGAACAUGAGGAAGAGUAA